AUGUCUCACGAGCUUCGAGUCCUACCACCAGGUGCCGGCUAUGGAAUUGUCAUCGGUAUCGGUGGCAUCUUCGCCCUAUUCAUGCUUGGUAUUUCCUGGCUUCAGAAUCGCUAUACUCAAUUCUCUACCCACCGCGCCGAAGAAUUCAACACCGCGUCACGGUCUGUCAAGCCGGGCUUGAUCUCCGCUGGAAUUGUCUCCUCAUGGACAUGGUCGGCUACACUUCUAACCAGUUCGACUUUCGCAUAUUCUUAUGGCGUCUGCGGACCCAUGUGGUACGGCGCCAUCGGCACGCUGCAGAUCCUCCUCUUCGCCUUGAUCGCCGUCAAGAUCAAAGCAAAUGCACCGGGCGCACACACCAUGCCAGAGAUCGUCCUCUCCCGGCACGGCAAGAUGGCCCAUCUCACCUACUUGUACAAUGGUUUGGCUACGAAUAUGCUUGUUAGCGCCUGUUUGGUGCUAGGUGGCGCGCAGGUGGUGGCGGCAAUCACGGGGAUGAAUGUGUAUGCUGCCAACUUCCUCAUUCCUGCUGUUGUCGCGGCGUAUGUUAUUGUCGGUGGAUUGCGCGCCACAUUCAUCGCGGAUUAUACCCAUACCGUUAUCCUAUUUAUCGCUAUCUUGGUGUUUGGGUUCUCGGUGUCGGCUACUAGUGACCUCAUUGGAAGCCCGGGGAAGUUGUAUGAUUUGCUGCAGGAGGCAUCGCGAGAUAUGCCAAUCGAUCGCAAUACUGAUGGAUCAUAUCUUGCAUUCCGGUCCGUAGGUGGUUUGAUCUUUGCGGUGGAUAUAUUUGUUUCUGGGUUCAGUACUGUCUGGCUUGAUCAAGCUUACUGGCAGCGAGCUAUUGCGUCACGACCGGAGUCAUCUGUGAAGGCAUAUAUGCUAGGAGGCGUUGCCUGGUAUGGCAUUCCGUUUGGCUUUGCAACAGCGAUGGGUCUCGGGUGCGCAGCCCUGACCAGCAACCCAGCGUUCCCAACAUACCCCAACCCAUUAUCGGCUUCGCAAGUAGACGCCGGACUGUCCGCCCCAGCAACCGCAAUCACCCUUCUCGGAAAAGGCGGCGCGGUACUCAUGCUCAUACUCCUGUUCAUGGCCGUGACUAGUUCCACAUCCGCUGAACUCAUCGCUGUCUCCUCCUUACUAACCUUCGACGUGUACAAAACCUACAUCCGCCCGAACACCGACUCUGCGACACUCGUGCGUGUCAGCCACUGGGGUAUUGUCAUCUACGCCAUCGUCCUGGCCGCAUUCUGCUGCAUUCUCAAUGCCGCAGGCGUCAGUCUCACCUGGCUCCUUACAGUACUGGGAGUGAUUGUCGGCGGGGCAGCUAUUCCUGUAGGACUCAUUCUACUCUGGGACCGCAUGUCCACUGUUGCCGCUAUCGCAGCCCCCUGGAUCGGAUUUGGCUUAGGUAUCAUUGUCUGGUUUAUCACUUCAUGGAAGCGAUCUGGCGGGAUCAGUGUUGCGACGACGGGCGAUGCCACGAAUGCCGUUGCCGGAAACUUGGCCUCGUUCGGGGUGGGGACUAUUUCCGCUGUACUUUUGAGUUUACUAUUUCCGGGGAAACGUGGCCACGACACGUCGUCAACGAACAGUAUUACAGGGGUCCCUGUCGAACCAGAGAAGACCUCGACAGAGACGUCAGCCAAGAAGAACAAUGAUACCGAAAUAGUCACAAUGACUGCAACACCCAGCGAACCGACCACGCAACCGAAGAACGAUAUAAUUGAGUACCUCGAAACUGAGACCAUUGAGCCCAUGGAUCCUGCCCUCGUUAAAAAAGCAGAGCGAUUUGCCUGGACAGCGAAUGUCAUCUUCAUUGCCAUUGCCGUGAUCCUUGUUCCCUUCACUCUGUUUGGGACGAGGUAUGUGUAUAAUAGGGAGUUUUUCACAGGGUGGGUUGUUGUCUCCUUUAUCUGGGUUUGGGCGAGUGUGCUCAUUUGUGUGAUAUAUCCGGUGGUUGAAAGUGCAGGUGCUUUGCGGGAUAUUUCAAGGGGGAUAUGGGGUGAUAUUAGGGCGAUUUGGGGACGUAGGAAGGAGAGAUUGCGAACUGGACAGCCAGUAUAA